AAAACUCGAAGAAGAAGAAGAGGUGACGUUGCGCUGUUCCCAUUGGCUCACACAGCCUCGGCCGCUCCGCGUCACGGCCGCAGCGCGUCUGCUCCUCUGCAGUCUGAGUGUUGGUCAAACAUCAGUGACUCUUCUGAGCGGAGAGGAAGGCCUCGUCCUGUCCGUGACUUCACCGUCUGAUCUCAUCAACACCGUAGAAGAAGAGCAGGAGGAGCAGGAGGAGCAGGAGGAGCAGCUGACCCUGUCUGGACAUGAAGGCUGACAUGAGCUUCACUUCAGCUCCAGGUUCUCUGCUGUAGAUCAGGAGAGUGGAGCUGUUACGUCAGUGCCUGUGUGCCCGCAGAGAGAGAGAGACAGACGGGCAGACAGACAGACGGGCAGACAGGCAGACAGACAGGCAGGCAGACAGACACAGACAGACAGGCAGGUAGACAGACAGGCAGGCAGGCAGACAGACAGGCAGACAGACAGGCAGGUAGACAGGCAGACAGACAGACAGGCAGGCAGACAGACAGACAGAGAGACAGACAGGCAGACAGACAGGGGGGUACCUGGCUCCAGGGUCCAGAUGGGGAACAGUGCACUGAAGUCUCACCUGGAAACCUCCCAGAAGACCGGAGUGUUCCAGCUGACAGGGAAAGGACUGCAGGAGUUUCCAGAGGAGCUGCAGAGACUCAUCGCCAACCUGCGGACCGUCGACCUCUCCGGGAACAAGAUCGAGCUCCUUCCCGCCGCCAUCGGGAACUUCCUGCAGCUCAAGAGUCUGACGCUCAACUCCAACAGGCUCACCAGUCUCCCCAGUGAGAUCGGGAAACUGAAGAAGCUGGAGACUCUGAGUCUGAAUGGGAACCGGAUCCAGCAGCUGCCCCCCACUCUGGGCCAGCUCAGAGCUCUGCGGACCCUCAACCUGUCCGGGAACCAGAUCUCAGAGUUCCCCCCCGGACUGGGGACCCUGAGGCACCUGGACCUGCUGGACCUUUCCCGCAACAAGAUCCGAAAUGUCCCCGCAGCCGUGUCCGAGCUGCAGAGCAUCGAGAUCAACCUCAACCAGAACCAGAUCUCGGUGCUGUCGGCGGACGUCUCCCUGUGUCCCCGUCUGAAGGUGCUCCGUCUGGAGGAGAACUGCCUGGAGCUGUCCUCCAUCCCUCACUCCAUCCUGGGGGACUCCCAGGUGUCCCUGUUCUCACUGGAGGGAAACCUGUUCGAGGUGAAGAACCUCAGAGACCUGGAGGGAUACGACAAGUACAUGGAGCGUUUCACGGCCACCAAGAAGAAGUUUGCCUGAUGACCUUCAACUGCGAGUCUGAAUUGCGGAGCGUCACCAGGGGGGCGGGGUCAGCCGAGACUCCGCCCACCACUGAAGUGCUGCUUCUUCUGCUGCGAAAAUACAAACCUCCUCACACAGCCGGGUCAGUCCUCCUCACAGCCCCCACCCCCCCUGCUGGACUUUAUGAGAAGACCUGCUGCUUCCUGUCUGAUUCAUUUAAAGUACGGACAGACAGACAGACAGUCUCUGAGAGCUUCACAAGGAAACGGCAUGAAGAAAACCGAUUUACCACCAGAGAAGAAGAAGACGGAGCUGUUUGUGAUGAGAAACCUUCACUGUGUUUCAUGUUGACAGCAGAGACUCAGGGAUGCGUUCACAGUCACCAACGUUCACUAACGUUCACUAACGCUUGUCUCUUUAAUUAUUAUUUUCUUUAACCUUUAAAUUCUUCUAAAUGUCUCUGCAGGAAGCUGAAAUAUUUAAUGGACAUAACUUAAACAUAACUGUUCAAAUACAUAAACGUCAUGUUUGGAAACGUAACCGGAGUAAAUCCUCGGCCAUCACUGUUCAACUUAUAGAGAAAACACGAACAAAUAAAUAAACUGCAGCUGAAAGAAUGAAUUCACAGAAAAGAAAAUAAUCUGCAACAAUGUGAGAACUCAAUAUUAAUCUCUGCUGGUUUUUACACUAAACAAUAAUCAAGGGUUCAUUUAAUUUAAGAUGAAUCAAUAAUGAAAAUAUUUAUUAGUAAAAUACUGGAUAUGAUGCAAAACAAUAAAAUAGAAAAUGUGUCUUUGUAUAAUACCUGUGGAUAAAAACCUGUCACUGUGUAUUUAAUCAAUAAAUCUUAGUAAACUAGAAUGUAUUAAAUUCUUCCCAUUAAUCUGCUUAUUAAAGAUCAUGAUCUUCCUCUAAACACAUGAAGAAGAACAGAACUCUGAAGUGAUGACGGUUAAAAUGUAUUUACAUGAUCAAAUCUGAUUCACACUGAAUUUAAAUUCAUAAAAUCAAUAAUUAUUCUUAUUUUUAGUUAAGAAUUAUUAAUAUAUUUAAUUCACAAUGAUACCGUUUUUUAAAGCGACACUUGAUGUUGAAGUUGAGCCGAUGAAUCCCAUAAAAUAAUAGUGAGACUGUAGAUAAGUCCUCUCCUGAUGAACAGAAACGUUUUAGGAUCUGAAUCUGAUUUAAGAUUUGAUUUAUAGAAAUAAAACUCGUUAACGGAUCAGAAUGUCUCAACAUCAUUUUAGGUCUUUGACUCUGUUGUGCUUAUAAAUGAAGGUUUCUGCAGUAAAUAAUGAAGUGGAGGAUCCAACAGAAAGAUAUUGAACUUAUUAUUUAUCAUGUUUGGACUUCCUGUUUGUAAUAUUAACUCUUUAUUUCCUGUCAGCUGCUUUUUAAAGGACAGAAGGUUGUGUUUUCUCUUAUUGAAGCAUGAAGCAUGUUCUACACGUACUGCAGUUUGAUAUAUAUAUAUAUAUAUAUAUAUAUAUAUAUCCCCUCUGAAUG